UAUUGUGGAAUAAAAUGUACGUCAUUAAAUACUCGAAUCGUACAUGUUAUCUUAUUAUAUAUAAAAGGUUGCCUCUUCAUCGAUAUUCCAAUCGUUUUUUACUUGGAGCAAAAGGAACGAUCUUCAUUCUUCCAAAAUUUCUUCACCAAAUACACAUCGACGAGAUGCCACUGUCGGAGUUCCGUAAAAAGAAGUUACUCUACGUUUUUAACACCUUCUUCGAUUUCAAUCAGAGUGGCGCAAUUGACAGAAAGGAUCUUGACCUCGCUAUACAACGAAUCAACGAAAACAGGGGUUGGUCCGCUGACAAUCCCAAGGCUCAAAGUAUAAGGGACACUUUGCUUAAAAUGUGGGAUAACUUGAGGCAAGGAGCUGAUACGGAUCAAGAUGGCCAGGUGAGUCGAGAGGAGUGGUUCCAACUGUGGGAAGAAUACGCGAAAAAUCCAUCGAACCCAUCCGAAUGGCAAGAAGCGUACAUGUCUGUGACGUUCCAGUUGUUCGAUGCAUCCGGUGACAAAUCGAUCGACGAGAACGAAUUUUGUAACGUGUGCAGAUACCACGGCGUCGCGGAGGCCGAGGCAAGGGAGGCGUUCAAAAAAUUGGGGGUCGGCGAGGAAAUUACCUGGGAUAAAUUCACCAACCUCUGGAAGCAAUAUUUCUCCUCGGACGAGCCGACCGCAGCCGGCAACUUUAUUUUCGGGAAAACUUCCUUCUAACUCGCUUUUAAACCCGCGGAAAAGUCAACCGACGUGCAUAAUAUAUAUAUUAUUAUAUUGAACCUC